GUAAAUGGAUAUCGAACCAGUACCCUGUCCGAUUUUAAAACCAGUUCGCGGGCCCCCAACAUCUGGCACGUCACUCGUUCACAGUUUGUUGUCAUUGCCAAGCUAGGAUUCAUAUUCGUAAAAUCAUGAGUGCCCUGUUCAACUUCCAAAGCCUGCUGUCAGUGAUCUUGCUGCUGAUUUGCACCUGUGCCUACCUACGCUCCCUCUUUCCCAGCAUCAUCGAUCGCAACAAAACCGGUUUCCUUGGCACCUUCUGGAAGCUGGCGAGGAUCGGGGAGCGUAAAUCGCCGUGGGUGGGAGCUGCUUGUCUGAUCAUGGCCUUCACCGUUCUCUUCUGGAGUUGAGUGGCAAUUCCUGGCCUAGAUAUCCCUAUCCUGACGGCGAAUUGCAUCGUAAAAUACUUCCCACUUUAAAGGACUGUGUAAAUACAAGCUGAGUUCUGCAGCACUGAUUAGCCAUUUUGGCCCUUCACAACACUA